CUUCCCUUCUCCCCCUCCUCGCUCUUCCUUUCUCCUCAGCGUGUGCCAGUGGGACAGCCAUGGAGGACACCCUCACCUGCAGCAGCCAUGCCACCUUCUCCCAGGUGUUUGGACGCCAGGGGCAACUAAUGCAAGCCACAGUUCAGUCUCUCAACAGCCUGAACGACCAGAUCGCUCAGUUCAUGGUGACCAGACCGUGCAGCCUGACUGACGAGGACGUGGCCUUCAUCCCAGGAGAGAGGGACACAUUGAAGAAGUCCAUGACCCUGAUGAGACGCCUGCUUGUGGAUGCUCAGGGGAAAAUCUUUAAAAUGAUGGACGACAACAAACAGCUGGCACAGAGGAUUGAUGGGGCCAUCCAGUCUGCCAGCCAGGAAGUGACCAACCUCCGCUCUGAGCUCUCCGCCACCAGCCGCAGACUGGCAGAACUGGGUGCAAGCAGCCCCCCUGGCUUGGAGAACCACCACCAGCACAACCACCACGAUGACAGCCUCCACUACCGGGAUCCAUCAGUGCAUCACAGACAGAAGACAAUGGUGACAGACAUGUGCUACCCAACAGAGAUAUCCAGCCUGAUGGACUUUGGCACUCCAGACUGCUCGCUAGGCAAAGUGUUGUUGCGUGAGGAGGUGGCCCAGCUUCAGGAGGAGGUCCACCUGCUCAGGCAAAUGAAGGACAUGUUGAGUAAGGACCUGGAGGAGACGCAGGGAGGCUGCUCCGCCAACCUGCUCUCAGCCACCGAACUCCGGGUGCAGCUAGGCGACAAGGAGCAGGAACUGGACCGUGCCAAAGAGGCCUUACAAGCUAUGAAAGCAGACCGUAAGCGUCUAAAAGUGGAGAAAGCAGACCUGGUAAGUCAGAUGCAGCAGCUGUACACAACACUGGAGAGCAGAGAGGAGCAGCUGCGGGAAUUCAUACGCAACUACGAUCAACACCGAAAGGAGAGCGAGGAUGCAGUGAAAGCUCUUGCGAAGGAGAAGGACAUGCUGGAGAGGGAGAAGUGGGAUCUAAGGAGACAGACCAAAGAAGCCACAGAGCAGGCCAACAUCCUGCGCUCUCAGAUGGACAUGAAGGAGAACCGAGUCAAAGAACUGGAGGCCGAGCUCACAAUGGCGAAGCAGUCUCUGGCCACACUGACAAAAGACGUACCGAAGCGACACUCACUGGCCAUGCCCUCAGAGCCUGUAGUGAAUGGCAGUCAGGAGUGGGUGAUGCAGGCCGACCUGCCGCUCACUGCCGCCAUCCGUCAGAGCCAACAGACCCUGUAUCACACCAAUGACAGACAGGCUGUGGUAAGGAUCAGCCCCUGCCACUCCCGCCAGCCAUCUGUCAUCUCUGACGCCUCUGCAGCUGACGGAGACCGUUCAUCCACGCCGAGCGACAUCAACUCACCUCGUCACAGGACCCACUCCCUCUGCAAUUCCAUGGAGGAUCUGGAGGACCAGAAGCGUAAGAAGAAGAAGGAGAAGAUGACUCUGGGAUCCCUGUCUCGGGUGUUUGCUCGGGGCAAGCAGCGCAAAUCACUGGACCCCGGCCUGUUUGAUGACUCUGACAGCACACAGCAGAGCCUGUCUGAUGGAGAGGAGCAGCUGGACCGCCUCCAGCAGGCCGAGCUCUCUCGAAACACAUGCAUGUCACAGUGGAGAGCAGGUGUUGUCCAGGCCUGGCUGGAGGUUGUCAUGGGGAUGCCCAUGUACAUGAGAGCCUGCUCUGAAAACGUCAAAAGUGGCAAGGUGCUGCUUGGACUCACAGAUGAGGACUUGGAGCUUGGUCUGGGUAUCAGUAACCCCAUACAUCGCAGGAAACUCAGACUGGCCAUUGAGGAUUACAGAAGAGCUGAAGGGGACCAAGGACUUUCAAAAGCUUCGGAGAUGGACCAUUACUGGGUUUCGACAUCCUGGCUGAGUGAUGUGGGCUUGCCUCAGUACUCGCAGACCUUUCAGACUCAUUUAGUGGACGGGCGGGUGCUGAACUCUCUGAGCCGCAGAGACCUGGAGAGAUUCCUCAACAUUAGUGACCAAAACCACCAAACCAGUUUACUCCUGGCAAUCCAGCUGCUGCAGAUGCUCAGUUUUGAUAAAGAGGCCCUGCAGACACGGCGGCUAAAAUGUGAGAACCAGGACAGGGACCCCAUUGUUUGGACAUGUCACAGAGUAAUGAGGUGGAUCAGAGACAUAGACCUGAAGGAGUUUGCAGAGAACCUUCAGGGCAGAGGGAUUCAUGGAGCUGUGAUGGCUUUGGACCCGUCCUUUGACACAGAUGCCAUGGCCAAAGCUCUGGGGAUCCCCAGCAAUAAGCACAUGCUGCACCGGCACCUGUUUGAAGAGAUGAAAUCACUCGCCAUCCUUAACAGCAGUGCAGAGCAGUGCGCUGAGGUCAACAGUUCCUCUUCACCUGUGGCUGUGAACCGCUUAGCUGAAGAGAGGCUGUCUAUGAGAGUAUCAGGCAAGAGUCCGCUGCGGCUUCGUGCAAGCAGUCACUCUGCAGAGCGAGGUCUGGGCUUCCACGGCAGCUGCGGUUCUCUGCCCAGAGAAGCCAGAGUUCAGGCUAUUCCCCGGGCCAAAGGCAGUCCCAUGCACACCUACAAGAGUGUUGAAAUCACCAACGUCUGAAACAAGCUCAGCCAUCACUCACAUUGUUACAAUUGUUUACAUUUUUAUUGAAUAUUUGCUGUUUACUACUGAGGAAGAUGUCUUAAAAAUGAAUAUAUAUAAUGUAUUAUUUACCAUCCAGUAUAAAUGAAGACUGAAGACUGAGACCUGAUGAAAUACGAAAAUGUUUUUUUUUUACUGGGUCAGUGUAGUUCUUGCUCAACUAAAUUUUAAAACAAGAUUAUAGAAAACUAAAGUAUAGGCCACAAACAUUACAGAACACAGAGCUGUUUCCUUUUGAUGCCUUAUAUGAAAUAGCUCUCACUGCACAAUGAUUUCUCUUUCAAACUAUUUAGUAAACUUUAAUCAUUCCCAAGUAAUAAAACUAAUAAUUAUUCUUGUGAAAUAGGUCUUUUUUUAUUAUGACAUGUGUCAACUGUACAGAAUAUAAUGUGCUGAUAAUCUUCUGAGUAGACCUGAGCAGCUCUGAAUUAAAGAAACACAAUUAUUAUUAUAACCAUGAUAUAUUACCUGACUUUAAAACAACAUUUAUAAAAGAUAAUACAUUUAAGAGCUAAGAUACAAAAGGGCCAAGAGUUAGAUCUUUACCACACCAUGCAUCCUAGGACAAAAGCUUUAACAUGGACUCUGUACUGAAAACUGUUUAACAUCCCUCUUCUCAUUACUGUUAUUUAAAAGAAAAUAUUUUGUUCAGUUUGAAUGUAUAUGUUGAUGGAAAAUUACAAUCAUAUUGUGAAGGUCAUUUGUCGAUAAAAAGAUUCAGCUGAAUGUUUGGUUUUGUAAAUUAUAAUGUUUAAAGCUCAAUCAAACAUGCUUCCACAUGUUAUACUGUAUGAAAAAAAAAGACAGUACUGUUACAUUAUUAUGAAUUCAAUGGAGAGAAUGUGAUGGUAUAUUUUGUACAGUUCAGUAUUUUAUAAGAAACAGUUUAGUUUCCCUGAGCAUGAAAACAUAAAUUAAAGUGUCACAGAGCCACACUGUGUGCCGUUGAAAGCCUGAGGUUAAUCCAAAUACAAGAAAACAGGUUUGUCUGCCACUUUUCUGGGCGUCUCCUCCAGUCACCAAAGGCAGGGUGUUUCAGCGGGAAGUUUAGACCAGUUCAAACAUGCAUAGAAGCUGAGGGGAAUGACUCAAUAUUGUGUCUGUUAAAAUGAUAUUAACAGUCUCAGUCUUUGCCCAACUGUGGCAACUUUUCAUUAAAAGUGACGUUAUUGUCAAUUGCUAUUUGACAGUAUAUUCCUGUUGUUAUUCUUCUGCUUAUAAUCACAUUAACAACAAAUAAAAACAAUGUCCACUUGGAUAAAAGUCA